CACCCACACACAUACACUCCCACACACGUACACACUCACACACGUACACACUCGCUUGCACGCAAGCACAUGUACACACGCAUACACACCAACACACACAGUGUUGCCCAGUGUCCAGUACAACAGUACAUUCACUUUUUGAGGACAGAAAGGGGCUAGAGGAACAAGGCUCCUCCCUGGGAGUUUGUGAAAACAUUCCAGCCACGUGAGCGAGCCAAAGAGUUUGAAACCCAAGAACCGGGCCUCUCUCUCUCUCUCUCUCUCUCUCUCUCUCUCUCUCUCUCUCUCUCUCUCUCUCUCUCUCUCACCUCCACACACACACACACACACACACAGUUAUUCACGAACACUCACACUCUGUAGGAAACCAACCAUAAGUAGACCACGCGGAGACCGGACCAGACAGGAGGAAGUAUUUUUGCUACCUGGACUUACGUACAGGACGCCCAGACUGUCCCUUGGAUCUAUCAACCAUGUCAACGGCUGUCCCCUUCCUCCUCUCCUUAGUCCUAGUCCUCACCAACGGUCAGUAUUACUACCAGGGUCUCAUGGAUUAUCUGGAGAACAGAUUCCUUGCCAUUGAGGAUCGUAUGCUCAUAUGGCACGAGCAGUCGAACCGCUACAACACAGAGCUGCGGCACUUCAAGAAGCAGACUGCUGAAUUUAUAAAGGGACUAAACCAGGACCACGGGACCCUGCGCCAAGACCUGGAGGGGACAGGGGUACGAGUGGACCGCGUCGAGAGAGAGAUGGACUACAUCGAAACCCAAAACCCCGCUAAGCCCUGUGUGAACCAGGCAGACAGAAUGGUGGAUGUGGACCUGGAGGUGAAGGAGCGGGUGAAGGAGAGGAAGAGAGGGGGAGAGGAAGAUGGGUACUCCAGAGUCUUGGAUUGUAUAGACAUCAUCUCCAGCAUCAGAGCCAUGAAGAUCCUGAAGAGGAUGGGCAGCCCCAAGGGCAUGUGGACUAAAGACGCCAGGACCUCUAAGGUCUACGUCUUCAACGGCACGGCAGAGGACACCGUGUACCAGUUCAGCUCUGUUCUCGACUUCUCGUCCUCCCCAGGAGUGGCCCACAGCAGGCCUAUAGGACUGCCCUCUCUGUGGAGUGGCACCGGAAGUGCCGUCUACAAUGGCUAUGCCUACUACGUGACGGAGGGGGCCGACGAGCUCCAGGUGAUUAAGUAUGACCUGGCGAAUGGCACAUUGGCAGACAGUGCUGUGUUCCCAGUGGAGGUGGCAGACCAUAGACCCGUCUACAGCCUCAACCCAGAGACUGCUGUGGACCUGGCUGCCGAUGAGGAAGGCCUCUGGGCCCUUUACACCACCAGGGAGAGUGAGUCCAUCAACCUGGCUAAGAUGGACCCUGACAGCCUGGAUAUCGAGCAGAUGUGGGAUACACAGUGUCCCCAGGAGAACGCGGAGGCAGCCUUCGUGGUCUGUGGGACGGUCUAUGUGGUCUACAACACUAGGGUGCCUAGUCGCUCUCGUGUUCAGUGUGUGUUUGACGUAAACGAUGCGGUGACCAAUGAGGAGGCUCCGCUACUGUAUUUCCCCAGGAGGUAUGGACUCCACGCCAGUCUUAAGUACAACCCUCAGGAGAAACAGAUCUAUGCCUGGGAUGACGGCUACCUGAUCCUUUACAAACUGUCCAUGACGAGGAAGCUAAUGGUUUAAGUGGAUGGACUAGUGGGCAUUUUAGUCAAAUAACAUUUUAGUCCGAGAAAUGGCCGGAAAACAUUCUAACAUGAAGACUAUCACUGGAGACAUGUAUUUGUUUUUUGAUACCACUCACCCCACUGUCCAUACUGUAUACAUUGUCUCUACAGGAAAAUGUACCUCUGUAUUUUUUUACUUGAAAUAAUGCAUUGAAUUACUGUACUGUAGGUGCCCGUUACCAAACAUAUUAUUGCUACCCCAGUUUGAUAAAGUUGAUGUUGAAUGGAGCUCUGAAUUAGAUUGGAAUCGUAAUAUGUCCGCAACAACUGGAUUUAUUUCGGGGCAGAGAUCAGAAACGGUGUGUAAUUGAAUGCCUUGAUGGAAUGUAUGGCCCAGUUCUCCUCAAGAUUUAAUUUGGCUAUUUGCAUUCCACUUGUUUGAGUUCAUCCAAUUUACUCUUCCCUGCUGCUUGCUCCCUUUGUUGUUCACUUUGACAUACGUAGUCGUGAAAGUGACAGUCUCCGGCUAAAGUUCAUCGGCACAAUCAGAGAAAAAUAUAAAGUCACAAAAACUUUACAGAGGAGAAAUCUUACAUGAAUAAAAAAAUAUAUAUACAUAUUAUGUGUGCCACCAUAAUUCAUCAUACACGACCGUUCAAAAGUUUGGGGUCACUAAGAAAUGUCCUUGUUUUGGAAAUAAAAGCACAUUUUCUGUCCAUUACAAUAACAUCAAAUUGAUCAGAAAAACAGUUUCGACAUUGUUAAUGUUGUAAAUGACUGUUGUAGCUGGAAACGGCUGAUUUCUUUAAUGGAAUAUCUACGUAGGCGUACAGAGGCCCAUUAUCCACAACCAUCACUCCUGUGUUCCAAUGGCACGUUGUGUUAGCUAAUCCAAGC